AUGUACCGAACACGAUCAUGUCCAAGCCUGGGGACACUCCUCUCCGUGGCCCUUUUCAACCGCAAAGCCACGUUUGCGCUGGUAGCCGUGACAACCCUCUUGUCCAAAGCAGUGCACAUCUACGCCCACUAUGGCGCCCUACAGGAGGGCCUGCUUACGCGGUGGUGCUACUCAUUCUUCUUGCAAGAUGUGCUCCUCCUGGUCGUUUGCCACCUGUUCGUGGAGCAGAAACUCGACGUUAACCGUUCAAGGACGCUCCGCGUUCUUGUCGGCUUUGGGGGAACGCUGCUUCUGUCAACCUCGGUGUUUGUCGCGCUCGCCAACGUGUGCGUCUUCUACAAUUCGGGUGUAGAGGUUCACUGGGCGAACGCUUCGCUCGCCAGUGACGCCGCGGGCCGGCGCACCCUCCUCUCGGGCCUCUGGCCAUCCAUCUACAUUACAUGCGGCUGCAUCCUAGCCGCCACCUUGCUCCAAUGGCCAUUAUACUUUGUCUUUGAAAUCUUCGCCAAUCUCAUCUCUGCGCCGUUCAUCGCGUUGUCGUACGUCAUGGCCGUCGGUCCGCGCCACGUCUUGCGUCGCAGCACGUGGCGUGGCUGGUACACCAUUGCCAAGCAACGAAUCACCUCUAGCAAGGUAGACCUUGAGGCAUGUGAGCCCAAGGACUUUGACCUCGACGACACCUCGAGCGACGAGUACGACUUGGACAACUUGGCAUCCCGUGAGGAAGAGACGGACGGACUGCUUGGAAACUCUGGGUCUCCGGUAUCAUCGAUUGGCCCCUCGUGGCGCGCCCGCCUCCACCCGCGUAACUGGCCCUGGUACGCUCUCAACCCGCGUCACUGGCCAUGGCACGCUCUCAACCCACGCAACUGGCCGUGGCGGUCUCUCAACCCCCGCACCUGGACCUUGGAUGAGCGUUUCAACCCUCGCAACUGGCCUUGGAUGCUCCUCUACCAGGCGUUUAUCCACGCGGGUGGCCUCGCCGCCCUUCUCGCCAUGUUUAUUCUCUCCAUGAUGCGCCCCCACAAGGCUACGCUCAAGCUCAUGUCGUGGACCGCCAUUGUCUCCCCCUUUAUCGCCUUGAGCAGCUCGUCCGAGUCGCUCGCAAGGAUGAAGCCCCUGUACAAGUCCGGUAUCGGCUUCAAGUGGGACGGCAGGACAGCCAUGAGUCGCCCAACCAGGUACUCGUGGUUGCCAAAAGAUCGCGUACCUGCUGGAUUCGAGGACUUCUACAAUGACCGCCGGCAGUACACGGCGUCGCACGACCCACUCAAGAUUAGCAACUUGCAUGACAACCUGUUGGAGGCGCUUGGCGACCUCAAGACGGUUCCCAUUCGCCAUGUCAUCACCAUCCUUCUUGAGAGCACGCGCAAAGACGUCUUCCCGCUCAAAAAGGACGGCGUGAUUGCCAAGCGCUUUGCCGACUCGUGGGCCAACAAGGAGCUGCCCAGUGAUGUCGAGGACCGCCUUCAUAACAUUUCCAGCACUGCGCGCUACCUCACUGGCGACUUUGGCGGCGGCUUUGCGCCCGGAGAGGGCGAAAAGCAGACGCCGCGCGGAGGAAUAACGUUCGAGGACACGUACGUCACCUCGACAUACACUCUCAAGAGCGUUGCGGGAACAAUGUGCGGCCUCUCUCCUCUCAUCAUGGAUUGGAAUCGCGAGUACAAGAAGCACUUGUACCAGCCCUGUCUGCCACAAGUCCUCGAUGUCCUUGGUACGCUGGAUCACCAACUGGGCCAUAAUGACGAGGACGACUAUUUGUCGCAUCCAUGGAAGUCGUCGUUUAUGCAGUCGGCAACCAGCACCUUUGAUGAGCAGAAGCCUCUCGUCUGGAGGAUGGGCUACGGGCACUUUUACGACAAAGAGUACCUGCAGGCGGACUAUGCCAAGUUUGGCAAAGUGACGCUUCCCGACGUCAACUACUUCAGCGUCGUCGAGGACCCAUUGAUCGAUUACAUCAAGGACGAGUUCCACAUGGCCAAGCAGAAUAAGAAACGCGUGCUGAUCACGCAUCUCACGAGUACUAGUCACCACCCGUACGGCAUCCCGGACACCGACAAGGAGGACGAAAAGUACCUGGCACUCGGCAAGGGGGUCGACGACUUGUCCAAGUGGGUCAACGCGAUUGGCUACGACGAUCGCUGGCUCGGCAAGAUCCUCACCGCGCUCGACGACCUCCAGGUCGCCAACGAGACGCUCGUCGUGCUCGUCGGAGACCACGGCCUCUCCAUUGCAGAGAACGGCAAGCUCCCAACCUACUACAACCCAUACACCAUCAACAACAUAGUCCCCAUGGUCUUCUCGCACCCGCUCAUCCCGCCCAUCAAGGUCGAGUCUUCGGUCACAUCGCGUGACAUUGUUCCAACCAUUCUCGACCUCCUCGCUGAGACUGGCUCUCUCUCCAAGCCGGCGACCAAGGCGGCCAAGGAGCUGACCGCAAACUACGAGGGCCAAUCCAUGAUCCGGCCCAUCCGCACCAAGGGUGACCACGAUGUCUCAAACUGGCAGUUUACGGUCGUCAACCCGGGCGGCGAGCAGUUGACGAUCCGCGACGCACACCACAAGCACUGGGUCCUCACGGUACCUGUGGGUGAUGCCACGGAUGUCGAGUGGCAGUUCAGCGCCGACGACUACAACGAACAGGUGGCGAUGGAUUUCGAGUUCCACGACUUCCUCCACAACGUUGAGAGCAAGUUUGGUUUGGAAGCCGCUCGCUGGUCGGAAGAGGCUGCGUUCAUCGGGCGCUGGUGGGUCCAGGAGAACUGGAGGCGCUGGGGCCACGGGCCGUACUCAAGGUUGUAA